AUGACGCCGGCGCCGCCCCCUUCCCUCGCAGCAAGAGCUGUCGACGGCCAUCCGCGACCUCGCCACCGCCGUCCGGGGCAUCCGCCCGUACCUCAUCGGUACGCAGGGGGUGACUACGCCGGUCUCGUCGCCACCCCUCGCCGCAUACCCGGCCGCGCCGAUCGCCCUUCCCGGCCAGGGAGCGCCCGCUCCACCCCCGGCCUCACCGCCGCCACCACCGUGGGCGUCCGGGCCGCCGGCCCCAGUCCGGGCCCCGCCUCGCUGCCCCAGGGGGUGCCCAUCCAGCGGGUCCAGUUCCCUCCAUCGCCCUCCCGACUCCCGGCGUGGGUGACCGCGACGGAGCCCCCGCCGAUCCACUCGGCCGCACCGGCUCCAUCCCCCGUCUACACCACCGCCGGGGACCCCCCGCGCCCGUCCUUCCCGGACCCGCCGCUCGCCCGCUUCGCCGAGCCGUCCGCUGGUCGCACGGAGUAUCCCGCCCAGGGCGCCACCGGCUUCGCUCCCCCACGCUACGCCAAGCUGGAAUUUGCCACAUACGACGGCGUCGAGGACCCCCUCAACUGGCUCAACCAGUGCGAGCAGUUCUUCCGGGGACAGCGUACCCUGGCUUCGGACCGGACGUGGCUCGCCUCGUACCACCUCCGCGGCGCCGCCCAGACGUGGUACUACUCCCUGGAGCAGGACGAGGGGUGGCAUGCCUCCAUGGGACCGGACUUCGCCGACCGCUUCCAGGCCCUCGCAUGCCAUGCGCCCGGCGUGACGGGCCAACAGCGUGCCGAGCUCUUCAUUGGCGGCCUCCCAGACCAUAUCCGUGUGGAUGUCGAGCUACAGGCUCCGCGGGACCUCCAGACGGCGAUGCACUACGCGCGCGCUUAUGAGCGUCGCGCCCAGGCGGUUCAGCAGACGCCCCUGGCUCGCGGCACCCGCGCCGCCCGACCUCCUCCUCCGACCGCGGCCGCCACCCGGCCCGCCCCACCUGGACCGACUGGCCCUGCCCCCGCAGCUACACGCACGUUCCGCCGCCUCACCCCGGCAGAGCAGCUCGAACGCCGCCGCCUGGGACUCUGCUUCAACUGCGAUGACCCAUACACGCCCGGUCACGUGUGCCCUCGCCUCUUUUACCUGGAGACCAUUGACGUUGAGGAGGGCGACCCGAUGACAGGGCCGGUUGCCGCGGCAUCCGAGAUGGCCGGGCCGACCGAUGCAGCUGCCAUGGCCUUCGUCGUGUCCCUCCACGCGCUCGCCGGCAUCCGCCACGAGCGGACGAUGCUGCUUCCGUUCACUAUCCAGGACGAGCCUCUGGUGGCGCUACUGGACACGGGGUCUACGCAUAAUUUCCUUCCCGCCGCCACUAUGCGCCGCCUCGCGCUACAGCCGACAUGUUGGGAUACCCUCCGCGUGACCGUGGCCAACGGUGACCGCCUCCACUGCCAUGGGGUGGUCCAGCACGUUCCCCUUACCAUCAGCGACGAGCACUUCGUCAUCACGUGCGCCGGCAUCGACUUGGGCUGCUUCGACUUCAUCCUUGGCCGCCAGGGACGCCACAUUCGCUGGGAGGGUCUCGGGGGCACAUCUCCCGCGCCGCAGCUCCAGCUAGUCUCUGGGGCCGACGACGCCGAGCACCCCCUCCUGACGCACCUCCUGCAGCAGCACGGCGACAUCUUCGAGGAGCCGCAGGGCCUGCCGCCCCCACGAGCGUGUGACCAUCGCAUACACUUGCUCCCGGGGUCGGCGCCAGUGGCGGUGCGCCCAUACCGCUACCCCCAGCUGCAGAAGGACGAGCUGGAGCGCCAGUGCGCGCUCAUGUUGGCGGCGGGCAUCAUCAGGAUCUCCACGUCCCCGUUCUCCGCGCCGGUGCUCUUGGUGCGCAAGUCAGAUGGCACGUGGCGCUUCUGCAUCGAUUACCACGCCCUCAACGCCCUCACGCUCAAGGACAAGUUCCCGAUCCCGGUGGUUGACGAGCUGUUUGACGAGCUCCACGGCGCGAGGUUCUUCACCAAGCUCGACCUCCGCUCAGGCUAUCAUCAGGUGCGCAUGCACCCGGAGGACAUCGCCAAGACGGCGUUCCGGACACACCAUGGCCACUUCGAGUUCGUGGUGAUGCCUUUCGGCCUCACCAACGCGCCCGCGACCUUCCAGGCCCUGAUGAAUGAUGUCCUUCGCCCAUACAUACGUCGUUUUGUGCUGGUUUUUUUCGAUGAUAUCUUGAUCUACAGCGCAUCAUGGGCGGAGCACCUGCAGCAUGUCGCCAUCGUCUUCAACGAGCUUCGAGCGCAUCGACUUCACCUCAAGCGCUCGAAGUGCUCGUUUGCGACGACCUCGGUGGCCUAUCUCGGUCACGUCAUCUCCGCCGACGGGGUGGCGAUGGAUGCGGACAAGGUGGCGGCGGUCGCCGCCUGGCCGACGCCGCGUUCACCACGCGCCCUCCGCGGGUUCCUGGGCCUCGCCGGCUACUACCGGAAGUUCAUCCGGGAUUUUGGCCUCAUCGCCUCGCCGCUCACGCGCCUGCUGCGGCACGAGGCCUUCGCUUGGGACGACGAGGCUACCGCUGCCUUCGAGGCCCUCAAGGGGGCUCUGACGACGGGCCCCGUUCUCCAGAUGCCGGACUUCGACAGGCCGUUCAUCGUCGACUGCGACGCCUCCGGGGCGGGGUUCGGUGCCGUCCUUCACCAGGGUGACGGGCCGCUCGCCUACUUCAGCCGGCCGUUUGCUGCACGCCACCUCAAGCUUGCGGCGUACGAGCAGGAACUCAUUGGCUUGGUUCAGGCCGUCCGCCACUGGCGCCCCUACCUAUGGGGGCGCUCGUUCCGCGUAUGUACGGACCACUACAGCCUUAAGUUCCUCUUGGACCAGCGGCUGUCGACGGUGCCCCAGCACCAGUGGAUCAGCAAGCUGUUUGGCUUCGACUUCACGGUGGAGUAUCGUUCGGGGCGCCUCAACACGGUGGCCGACGCCUUGUCCCGCCGCGACGCCGAUCCCGACGCCACUGAGGGGGACUCGGACGGACGCCUGCUCUGCAUCCGCUCGGGGCCCUCCUUCGUCCUCUUCGACCGCAUCCGCCAGGCGACGGUGUCCGCGCCGGAUGCCCAGCUUCUGCGGCAGCAGCUCGACGCGGGCAGGGUAUUAACUUAA